CAGAGGCACCGGUGGCCUCCCUCCCUGUCCACUCCCCGUCCUUUGGCCAGUGUCUUGGUGGGUGCCCAGCUCCCAGGAGACCCCUCAAGAUGCCAGAGCUGGGGAAGAAAACAGUUUCAGCAUUUAGCAAGAAGCCCAAAACAACGGAGGUGGCAGUGGGCAGCUCUGCAUCAUUCGAAGCUGAGACCGAGCGCGUGGGUCUCAAGCUGCGCUGGCAGAGGGACGGCAGUGACCUAGCGGCCAGUGACAAGUAUGGGCUGACCUCUGAAGGCACCAGGCACACGCUGACCGUGCGCAAAGUGAGCCCUGAAGACCAGGGAGUGUAUGCUGUCAUUGCAGGCUCUUCCAAGGUCAAGUUUGAGCUGAAGGUCAAAGAAGCAGAAAAGCCUGAUCUUGUUCCAACCCCCAAUGGAGCCCCUGCCCCACCUGAGGGACCCUUGCCCUCUGAGCCUCCUGUCCCAGGCGAUGCUCCCACUACAGGGUCUGAAAGAUGCCCUCCCAAGAGUGAAGCCACCUCUGCAGCUGUUUCGGAGGAUCCCAUUGGGCUUUUUGUGACCCGGCCCCAGGAUGGUGAGGUGACUGUGGGGGACAGCAUCACCUUCUCAGCCCAAGUAGCCGGGGCCAGCCUCCUGAAGCCCCCCGUGGUCAAGUGGUUCAAGGGGAAGUGGAUGGACCUGAGCGGCAAAGUGGGGAAGAAUCUACAGCUACACGAUAGCUAUGACCGGGCCAGCAAGGUCUAUCUCUUCGAGCUGCACAUCUCCGAAGUCCAGGCGGCCUAUGCUGGUGGCUACCGGUGCGAAGUUUCCACCAAGGAGAAGUUUGACAGCUGCAAUUUUAACCUCACAGUCCACGAGGCCAUCGGUCCUGCCGACCUUGACCUUCGCUCGGCAUUCCGUCGCCCGAGCCUGCCCGGCGGCGCCCGGAGGACCAGUGGAGACGGUCACGACGAAGGCGGGAGCCUGGAUUUCUCCUCCUUGCUGAAGAAGAGAGAUAGCUUCCUUCGAACAUCCAGGGACCCGAAGCUGGAGGCCCCAGCAGAGGAGGAUGUGUGGGAGAUCCUCCGAACAGCCUCUCCCUCAGAGUAUGAGCGAAUUGCCUUCCAGCAUGGGGUCACAGACCUCCGGGGCAUGCUAAAACGCCUCAAGGGCAUGAAGAAGGAAGAGAAGAAGAGUGAAGCGUUUCUGAAGAAGCUGGACCCCGCCUACCAGGUUAACAAAGGGCAGAAGAUCCGGCUGGUGGUUGAAUUGGCCAACCCUGAUGCUGAGGUCAAAUGGCUGAAGAAUGGGCAGGAAAUUCAGAUGACUGGCAGCAAGUACAUCUUUGAGUCUUCUGGAAACAAGCGCAUGCUGACCAUCAGCCAGUGCUCCCUGGCGGACGAUGCUGCCUACCAGUGCAUGGUGAAUGGGGACAAGUGCAGCACGGAGCUCUUUGUCAAAGAGCCGCCCGUGCUGAUCACAAGGGUCCUGGAGGACCAGAUGGUCACGGCCGGACAGAGGGUAGAAUUUGAGUGCGAAGUGUCUGAGGAGGGAGCCCCUGUCAAAUGGUUGAAAGACGGAGUGGAGCUGACCCGAGAGGAGACCUUCAAAUAUCGCUUCAAGAAGGAUGGCCGGAAGCACCACCUGAUCAUCAAUGAAGCGACGCUGGAGGACAGUGGCCACUACGCCGUCCGCACCAGCGGGGGCCAGGCCGUGGCGGAACUCAUCGUGCAGGAGAAGACGCUGGAGGUGUACCAGAGCAUCGCCGACCUGACGGUGGGGGCUCGGGACCAGGCCGUGUUCAAGUGUGAAGUGUCCGACGAGAACGUGAAGGGGGUCUGGCUAAAGAACGGGCGCGAGCUGGUACCCGACAGCCGCAUCAAGGUGUCCCACAUCGGCCGGGUCCACAAGCUGACCAUCGAUGACGUCACCCCGGCCGACGAGGCCGACUACAGCUUUGUGCCCGAGGGCUUCGCCUGUAACCUCUCAGCCAAGCUGCACUUCAUGGAGGUCAAAAUCGACUUUGUUCCCCGGCAAGAGCCUCCCAAGAUCCACCUGGACUGCCCCGGACGCACGCCCGACACCAUCGUGGUGGUGGCUGGGAACAAGCUGCGCCUGGACGUGCCCAUUUCUGGGGAUCCGGCGCCCACCGUCAUCUGGCAAAAGGCCGCCCAGGGAAGCAAAGGCCCCGCCGAGGCCCCAGAGGCUCCCAGCCAAGCAGGGGACAGCCAGGAGUGGGUGUUUGAGAAGAAGCUACUCUGUGAGACCGAAGGUCGGGUGCGUGUGGAGACCCACAAGGACCGUAGCAUCUUCACGGUAGAAGGCGCCGAGAAGGAGGAUGAGGGCGUCUACACCGUGACGGUGAAGAAUCCCGUGGGGGAAGACCAGGUUAACAUCACUGUCAAGGUCAUCGAGGUCCCCGACCCCCCUGCGGCCCCGAAGAUUAGCAAUGUCGGGGAGGACUCCUGCACCGUGCACUGGGAGCCCCCCACCUACGACGGGGGACAGCCCAUCCUAGGCUACAUCCUGGAGCGGAAGAAGAAGAAGAGUUACCGGUGGAUGCGGCUGAAUUUUGACCUGCUCCGGGAGCUGAGCCACGAGGCCCGGCGCAUGAUUGAGGGGGUGGUGUAUGAGAUGCGCGUUUACGCCGUCAAUGCCAUUGGCAUGUCGCGGCCCAGCCCCGCCUCUCAGCCCUUCAUGCCCAUAGGCCCUCCCAGCGAGCCCACUCACCUGGGUGUGGAGGACGUCUCCGACAGCACCGUCUCCCUCAAAUGGCGGCCCCCGGAGCGAGUCGGGGCAGGCGGGCUAGACGGCUACAGCGUGGAAUACUGCAGAGAGGGAUCCUCCGAGUGGGUAGCCGCCUCGCAGAGUCUGACGGAGCACACCUCGCUGCUGGUGAAGGAGCUCCCCACGAGAGCCAGGUUGCUCUUCCGGGUGCGGGCGCACAACCUGGCUGGGCCCAGCGCCCCUGCCACCACCAAGGAGCCCGUCACCGUGCAGGAGAUUUUGGAGCGGCCCAGGCUCCGGCUGCCUCGGCACCUGCGCCAGACCGUGCAGAGAAAAGUGGGCGAGCCCGUGAACAUCCUCAUCCCCUUCCAGGUCGGCGCCCCCCUGUGCCCACUCGGGGACGGCCCCCUCACUGAGCCGGCUGGGGGCUUCGGGGGCCAGGUCAAGCCCUCAAGCCCGUGGCUGGAGGCUGGGGAGCCUGGAGAGGCCAGGGAGGCUGGAGAGGCCGGCUCAGCACUGACCCAGGCCCUGCUUUCCACAGACAAACCCAGCCCCCCCCAGGAGGUGCGAGUCACUGAAGCCUGGGGCUUCAACGUGGCCCUGGAGUGGAAACCUCCCCAGGACGACGGCAACACCGAGCUCUGGGGCUACACGGUGCAGAAGGCUGACAAGAAGACCAUGGAGUGGUUCACGGUCCUGGAGCAUUACCGGCGCACCCACUGCGUGGUCUCCGAGCUCAUCAUGGGCAACCACUACUACUUCAGGGUCUUCAGCCACAACAUGGUGGGCGCCAGUGAGAAAGCAGCCACCACCAAAGAGCCCGUCUUCAUCCCCAAGAUAGGGCUCACGUACCAGCCCCCCACGUACAAAGCCCUGGACUUCUCUGAGGCUCCGAGCUUCACGCAGCCCCUGGUGAACCGCUCAGUGAUCGCGGGCUACGACGCGGUCCUUUGCUGCGCCGUCCGGGGCAGCCCUAAGCCCAAGAUCUCCUGGUUCAAGAACGGGCUGAACCUGGGCGAGGACGCUCGUUUCCGGAUGUUCAGCAAGCAGGGGGUGCUGACCCUGGAGAUCCGAAAGCCCUGCCCUUUCGAUGGGGGAGCUUACGUCUGCCGGGCCGUCAACGCGCAGGGGGAGGCCCAGUGCGAGUGCCGCCUGGAGGUGCGAGUGCCUCAGUGACCAGGCCGGAGGGCCCAGAAAGGCCAGGUGCCCGAGACCCCAGUCCUGACCUUGGAGGAAACCAGUCUUUCUGCUGGUGUGUGUGUGUGCCUGCGAGUGUGUGCGCUGGGGGUGGGAGGGAGGGAAAGGGCAGAAAUCCAGCCCCCUGCCUCAGGUGGUAGCGGAGGUGAGGGGGUGGGCAAGUUCUCUGACUGAGCCCUGAGGAGUGCGGGGUUUGGCUGGCACUCACGCUGGCCCGGCCAACUCUUCCUUUCUCUGCCAUCCUGGCCUGGCCUGGCUUGGGAGAGGGAGAGGGAGAGAAGGCGGCUUGCUAGAAGCUUCCCCGUAGCUACUGGACUAAUAAAGGAUUUGUGCAGCCCAC